AUGGACGACGACACCUACUCUGAUAUGCACCGUCGCAGCUAUUCUGAGGUCGAAACCCUCUGCUCCGAACACUCUGAAAGCACAGAGUACGAGCCUUUCCCUCUCAAGGGACGCUUUUCUCGCCCCCAAUCGACUGAAUCCCUCUCACAAUACAAUUCCUCACUCAAACAACAACAGCUGGAGCAACAAGAGCAACAAUACAAGGACAUGGCCGAUUCUGCUGAUGACUGUGUAGCACAAAGGCCCGGUUCUCCUCGUUUGGAGAAUUUGACGCAUACCAGUCCCUUGAACAAUACCCUCACCUCUCCUCCCCCUACCGCCGACUUUGAGCAUAGCGACAACACCAACAAUAAUAACAACAAAACCAUGACCACAACCAUCACCGAAUCGAAUUCUUUGCAGAUGACAACAGAAAGUGAGUCGAUAUUGGAACCAGAACCAACAGAGCAACAUCAACAUCAACAGGACGACCGAUUUUCACCAACCUCAUCCACUCUAAGUCAGUCAACAACACCCAGCACCUUUGAAUUCAGUCAGGCAGAUCUUGAUGACCCACGGGCUAUAAUGUGUCGCCCGUUCACGGACGAGGACAAAAAGAUUAAGAUGUCGAGACUCUUCUCCAGGGCCGCUUCAAAUGGAGACUUGCAGAGGAUUGUGGACCUGCUCGACAACUUUAGGGAUUGGGUCGAUCUGGAGUACCACGAAGACGACGGCACGACGCCCUUGAUCUACGCUGCGUGCUUUGGACACACCGCCGUGACAUUCAUGCUCCUCGAUGCAGGCGCCUUAAUCGACGCAUGCGACCGAUCUGGCUGGACCGCACUCGUCUGGGCGACCAACAACAAGCACGAGCACAUGGUCCGCUUGCUACUGGAGCAUGGUGCCUCCACCAAGGCCACGACCACCAAGGGGCGAACGAUUGCAGAUUUUUUGAGACAUGAUCCCAACGACACUGCCAAGAUUGCACAGAUCUUUCAAGAGCCGACCGUCACUGCCACGAACAGGAACUCGACGACGGUCGACAGAAACAACGGUAGCGGCGAUGGGGGUCGGCGGACAGGUGGCGGCUAUGACCCCCUGGGGAUUGAGAGCUUCGAGGAGAGUAUGUCCGAAAGCGAGUGGCAGUACAGGCUGAAAAGAGACACAGCCGACGCGGAGGGCAGUGGCGAUACGAUGGGAAGCAAUUGCUCUUUACCCGAUCAGUACCAAGAUGAUGAUGACAGCGAGUUUGACUGGGAACGCUGCUUGGCUGACCAGAUGUUUGUCUUUUCAAGCAGCGACAUUGGCCACAUUAUCGACACGACAAUCACCACCAUGGACCCAACUCGCUCCGGGACCCACGAGCCCGUCCCUGCCUAUGUGAUCUUUCUUGCCGCGAGAUUCGCGCAUUACUUCAGCUCGCCCGAAUUGCUGGGCGAUUUACUAGAGGCGACGUUGCAUGCUAUUGAGACCGCUGCAAUGGGCAAGCCAGACGACAUGGCGCUGGGUGCAUACUGGAUCUCCAACACCACAGCCCUCCUGCACUUUCUCCGCAAGGAUCCUGGCAUCGACGCGGCAUCGGUCGACUAUCACUCACGAUUCGAAGCUCUCCUCAUCGAUAUGACACAGAUGGUGAUUCUGGAUGCCGAGCGACGGAUCGAAAAGGUGCUCGGACCAGCCAUGCUAGAUCACGAUACGAUUGUUGGUUUGGAUGAGGUCAAAUUCCAGUCCGACUGGGCUUUCUGGAGAGGAAUCGGGACCAGAAGCAGCAACAACAACUACAGCAACAGCAAACGGGUUAGUGCCCCACCGUCGACCCUUGCAGGAUUGUACCCACCACCUUGCUUCAAGCGGGCGUCGCUCCAGCUGGCCCGACCCUCGUCACCCCGACAGCGCAGUAUCUCGCCCAGGACUGUGACAACAAUGUUGUCCUCUCUGCUGUAUCUGAUGCAGACGUACGACGUUCACACGGACAUUGUGCACUACAUUUUGAUCCAGGUUAUGUACUACAUUGCAUGCGAGGUCUUUAAUAGGAUCAUGGACAACAGGACGUUCCUCACCCGCAGCAAAGCCCUGCAGACGCGUCUCAACCUGUCGAUUCUCGAGGACUGGCUCCGGAAUAAUCAACUGCCGUCGCGAUUGGCUGAACCCCUGAUGCCUCUAAUUCAGUUGCUGCAGCUGCUCCAGGUGUUGUCGUUGCAGAGCGAUUUGACAAUGUGGAUUGAGACGCGCAAGAAGCUUGAGCUGUUGAAUCCGGCGCAGGUCAAGCACGUCGUCAGCUCGUACCGGUACGAGGUGAAUGAGUGCAGGUUACCGACAGAGGUUACAAAGUACGUCUUACAGGUUGUCGUGGAUACCGAGAAAGUGAUUCGCAAGAAACGAUCGGAUGAGACCUUGUCUGGUCCCUCUAUCACGGCAUCGUCUGCGUCUGGAUCAGGAAAGUUGUCCAGACGGAACAGCAGCCAGGCUGGAAUGGAUUCUGGGGGCAGUUCCGACUCCAACAUGGACGAGGAUGGGUUUGGCGACUCGACCAGCUUGACCGGAACCAAAGUACAAUCUCAAGCUGGAGCUAGAGCUGGCGAGGCAAGUGGGUCGCGGACGGGGUUGGUGAUGAAUGAGGCAGAAAUUGAGCAGGCGUGGACGCAACGACAGAAGCCACGUCGGGUGCGGACGCCGGUGCAAACGGAGGAGCAGCGAAGAAAGGGAGGUAGCAAGGUGGUGGAGGAGGAAGAGGAGUACCAGACAUCGCAGACAAAGGACAGCAUGGUGUGGAUUCAUUUUACACUGCCGACGAAUCUGGCGGCGCGAGAGGGCACAGUCGACAGGGUAUAUGUGCCACAGAUCCCCGAUGACAUGAUGUCGCUGCUGGACAGCUACAGGCAUUAG